GAGCAUUGUACUCACAUCCGGGGCUGGGUUUUGCUUUAAUGCGAAACGUAAUUAACCCGGAAAAAAGAGCCGAGAGACAAGAGAGAAGGAGGGGUUGGGGGGCGGGGGGCAGAGGAGCGACAGGCACCGAGAGUUUGGCGGCGAGAUAAAGCGAUCCCCCGGGAGCUACAGCCCAGUCCGCGAGAGACGCGCGUCCUGCCCGAUGUAACCCACCCUGCCCGAGGCUCGGUCCCUGCACGGCGGGCGGCGAAACUUCUCUGCGGGUUCUGGCGCAGGGCACCGGUCCCGCAACGACUGCCCGGGCUGCAGGUAGGGGAGGAGCGCAGAGCACGUCCCAGGGUGAUGUGAGCAGAGCCCAGGAAUGCCUUAUGUGGAUCGGCAGAACCGAAUCUGUGGGUUUUUGGACAUCGAGGAGCAUGAGAACAGUGGCAAGUUUCUGCGGAGGUACUUUAUUCUGGAUACCCAGGCCAACUGCCUUCUCUGGUACAUGGACAACCCCCAGAACCUGGCAGUUGGGGCAGGAGCUGUUGGAUCUUUGCAACUGACCUACAUCUCGAAGGUGAGCAUAGCUACCCCAAAGCAGAAGCCAAAAACUCCGUUUUGCUUUGUCAUCAAUGCCCUGUCUCAGAGGUAUUUUCUUCAAGCCAAUGACCAGAAAGAUCUGAAGGACUGGGUUGAAGCCCUGAAUCAAGCCAGCAAAAUCACUGUUCCUAAAGUGGGGAGCCUGCCCCUGCCUACUGAAGUUCUCAAAAGCCUAACAGCUCCCCCAGCCCUAGAGAAGAAGCCUCAGGUGGCCUACAAGACAGAGAUCAUUGGUGGGGUGGUGGUGCACACGCCCAUCAACCAGAAUGGAGGGGAAGGGCAGGAAGGAAGUGAGUCAGGAUCCCACGCCAUUCUCCGAAGGUCUCAGAGUUACAUCCCCACGACAGGCUGCCGUGUUCCUACCGGCCCCCCCCUUAUUAAAAGCGGGUACUGUGUGAAGCAAGGGAAUGUGCGGAAGAGCUGGAAACGUCGAUUCUUUGCACUUGAUGACUAUACCAUCUGCUACUUCAAGUGUGAGCAGGACCGAGAGCCACUGCGUACUAUAUUACUUAAGGAUGUUCUCAAAACCCAUGAGUGUCUGGUCAAAUCUGGUGAUCUCUUAAUGAGGGACAACCUGUUUGAAAUAAUAACAAGCUCCAGGACCUUCUAUGUGCAGGCGGACAGCCCAGAAGACAUGCACAGCUGGAUUAAGGAGAUCGGGGCAGCUGUACAGGCCCUCAAGUGCCACCCCAGAGAAAUAUCCUUCUCUAGAUCCAUUUCUUUGACUCGCUCCGGAAGCUCCAGUCUCUCUGGGGGCAGCCAGUCCAUCUUGUACAGAGGGCGGCCACCUGUGGAAGAGAAAAAAGCCCUCUGCAAAGCCCCCUCUGUGGUCUCCUCCUGGCAACCCUGGACACCUGUCCCACCGGCUGGGGAAAAGCUGCUUCCAGCUGAAGAGACUCCUGAGGAAUCUUUGUUCACACCUCGACUUGGAGAGAGCAACACUGCUGGGGUGCUAUCCAGCUCCCGGAUAAGGCACAGAUCAGAGCCUCAGCACCCCAAGGAGAAACCAUUUAUCUUCAACCUGGAUGAUGAGAACAUUCGGACGUCUGAUGUGUGAAGGACAUAUAAUGUUUGGGAGGGAGGGGGUGGUGGCCAGGAGACAGUUCUCUACCAGCUGGACAGUCAGGCCUUUAUGGCACUCAUUCUGUAGCUGCUCUGUGGAAGGGGCUCAUCAAGCUAGCUUUUUAUAUUUUAAAUAUCAAAGUGGCAUAUUUAAUUUGGGACAAUCACUAAGGUAGAUCAGUAGGCAUGUUCAGUGGAAAGCUGAUUGCUUCCUGUUGAACUAUUCCCAGGUCUUCCUGGUGGGAGGAGGUUGGAAGUCCAAUUUCAUCCCUACCCAAAUUUUAAUUCCUUGUCCUUGUUUUAGAGUCUUCUUUUUCAGGCCAGUCACAGAAUCAUAGGCCAGUCAUCUGGUUUUAUCCUGUUCUUGUUUAUUGGCUGGAGUUUGACUGUGAAGGAGGGGUGGGGACUGAUCCUGCUAAAGAAGGCAAGAGUGGAGUCAGUCUCAGGCGCCAGCUUGCCUGGUAUUUAUUCAGAGGGGAGGUGCUAAAAUCUGGGCCCUGGAGAGAGGCUCUCAGAAAGUCUACCAGGGCACAUUUCCCCAGAGGACUUCCAUAGGGAAGAAAUAGGGACUUCUUGUAAGAUAGUGAUGAUUCAACCCCAGUGCCUCAGUAAGUUUUUGGGAAUCUGUUCCCUUCUAGAUGUUCUUUGAUCCCCCAUACUAUUGAUGUGAGUGACAGACCAGCCCACCCCUUUUCUAUGUCUGGCCCCAAGGAAGGGUUUAUCGGUGUUUGAUGUUAUGACUGUUGAGCACAGAACAGACAUUUUCUUUGGUGUGUUGUUAAUUGGAGUGUAUGGAGAGUUGAUCAAGGCAUAAUUCACAUGUGUGACAGAUCAGAUCUCUUAUUUUUGAGUUUUGGGUGUACUUAAAAGUAGGAGAAAGAUGCAUUAGAGUUAAUUCAGCUAAGCUCUUUUGAUUCACAUUUUCCAGAUUAAAGAAAAUGUCUGUUUUAAUAUGUUAUAUUCAAUCUUCUCUGCACAGCUCUUUUUAAUGGGCCAAUAUUAGUCUGAUUUUAAGGGUUACAUAUUAUAUGCCCUGGCAGACCUGCUUCUUUCCUCUUCUUUGUGUUGCCCUCUGAAUGAAGCCUUGUUACUUGCAUGAUCAAGCCUGUAAUCUGAUGAGGUUCUAUGUAUUUAACAAUGAAGAAAUGCGAAGGAAUGUAAAGAAAACCUCGAGAAAUAUUUAUAUUUCUAAUAAAGUAGAAAAAUCUGAAUAGAAUCAUUGAUUUUGAGACUACGCAUUGCUGGCUCACGAUUUCCCAGGUAAAAGUAUAUAUAGAAGAUUGCAUUUCCCACAUAAAUUCUAGAGUGUACUUUCUUCCAUUUGAUAAGAAGAUACUAUUUCCAGGGGAAAUGUGAAUAAUUCUGGGAGAAUUUGUCUAUUCAAUUUAUGUGGUGAACUAACCAGGAACUUAUCAUGAUUUCCUAAAGGGAGACAGAACUAGAGUAAAAGACUAAGAAGCAUUUUUACCGUCGUUCCUUCCCCUCCUUAUUGCUAAAUCUAAUGCCGAGGCAAUAAAAUAUGUAACCAGAAAAUCCUUAAUAGCUUGAGAGAAGUCUUAUGUUUCUUUGAGGCAGUAGUUUUAUUGAAGUCUGUGUCCCAUUCAGAACCUUUCUUGACUGCAAUGUGUCGGAGUGACCCUUCACUUAAAGUUUGGCCGAGGGGCCUCCCUACUGGUCUUAGGGUUAAGUCUCAGCUUGAGUUCAAUCCCCACACAGGGAGCUAACCCACAUAUGGAGCAGUAGACCUCUCCUGUCUUGCCUGCCCACUGCUCCCCUUAGCAGUGUAUUUCAGUAAAUCUGCCUGCCUGUUCUGCUCCCCACUGUGUCUGGUGAAUCCUCUCACCCCCUCACCCCCAGUACCUCUGACCUAUACCCCAGCUCUUGUAUGCAAAAAUAAAUUUUAAAAAGUUUCAAAAAAAAAUAAAUAAAGUUUGGCCUAGUCAUCCUGGUAUAAAAAAGGACUCCUACUCCUGGAUUUGUCUCUAUUUUCUGCUGACCCUUAUAUACCUUUAUCUUCAGAAAUCCUUGUUUAGGGAAUUAUUUAUUUAGGAAUCAUUGAGGUUACAACACACUUUCCAUAGCUUGAUUUCAAGAAGCCAUUCCAGACUCUUCAAGCUCCUUUUCCCUGUUUACAUCUUCAGAUUUUCCUCAGGAAAAGUUGACUAGCUCCACACAAGCACACAAGGUGAUACUGGAUGACUGGGAAGAAAUUAGGAACUUUGGAGAUCUCUUUAACCAUUCCUUAACUCAUGCAAAUGUGUUGUCUUUGAUGUGUAUUUUUUUUUUUUGUUUAGAUUUAUUUAUCCAUACAAGAGCUGGGGUGCAGGCCAGAGAUGUGGAGGGUGAGGAUUCAUCAGAGACAGAGUGGGGAACAAAACACGGAUUGACUGAAAGACACUGCUGAAGGGACCAGUGGGCAAGUCAGGAGAGGUCUGCUGUGCCAUGUGGGUAGAUACCUGGCCAGGGAUUGAACACGUGCUGAAGUGGCUGCAGAUAGCUUCGUAGUGCUGCGUCUUAACCCCUUGCGCCACCCAGGAAGCUGUCUUUUAUGUUUAAAAUGUGAAAAUAUACCCAUUUUUAUCUCUAAUAAAACCCUAUUACUAUUGCUAAAUCAUAUCAUUGGUCAUUAUAGGAAGCUGAUGUUUCUUACUCAGUAAAAUCUGUUUUGAAAAUGUGUUAAACAUAACUCAUAAAUCCAAAUUGUAUUAUCAGGAGAGAGGGAAAGUGAGGACUCUCACUUUGGAGGUACUUGGGAGUUCCAAGUUAGAAAAUGGUUAAUGUAAUUCCAACACCAGAUAAUGUAAUUAUCCUCAAAGAAACCUAAAAACAUGCUCACUGCCAAGCCUAAUUUCAGAAUUCCUUUUCUGCCCAUAUUUCUUAACUUCUGACCAAUUUCACAUCAAAGCCUUCUAGUAUCAUUACUCAUGUGAGCCAAGAUGGUGCAUAUAUAGACAAAGCAUUUAGUUUUAAAUAUGUAAAAUGGAACCGAAUGUAAAACAACAGGGUGGGGAUACAGUAUAGUUUAGUAGUACUUAGGUAAUGGACUAAAUCUGAGUUAGGAAAAGGAAUCACAUAAUGUACUGCAUUUCUUUGUGGAAUGAAAAUUGUUGAGUUGUAUUUUCUUUAAUAAGACUUUUGAGGGCCUCCCUGGUCCUGGUGGUGCAGCGGGUUGAGCAUAGUGCUGUGAAGCUGUCUGCAGCCUCUGCAGCGCUGGUUUGAUUCAAUUCCCGGCAGGCCAGGGAAAUACCCACAUGGUGCGGCAGACCUCUCCUGUCUCACCUCCUGCUCCCCUCAGCAGUGUAUUUCAGUCCUUCUGCCUGUUCUGUUCCCUGCUCUGUCUCUGGUGAAUCCUCUCACCCCGCCCCCAUGCCUUGGCCUGUACCCCAGUUCUUGUAUAAAAAUAAAUAAAUCUUUAUAUAAAAAAAUAAGACUUUUGAAGUGGUCUUGACCCACUAUGAGUAGCAGUAUUUCAGGUCUUCUUUAUAGCUGAACUAUUUACCAUCCACUAUUCUUGAAAGCUUUGAAGGAUUUGCUUACUCAAGGUGAGUUGAUUGUAGGUAAACAUACCUUUUGCUUUCUGUGAGACAUCCUAAGUGUACUAAGGCUAAGGCCUACGUGGAGGAGGGUGACCGCAGUCAAAAUAUUGGAGUUCAUUACUCAUGUAUUUUUGAGUAGAAUGCUGGGAUCACAUGAGAAAGAGUAAAUUUAAGCUCCAGCUUCUUAGUUUCCUUGAAGCAAAAGUUUUUUUUUCCCUUUCUGAAUUUAAAUAUGCUCUAAGGAUUCAAUAAAUAAAAAGCAGGUUCAGGAGUUGAACCGUGGGAUUUAUGAUGUUUGUUCUCACUGUUUACCAGAUAAUCAGGCAUAUAGAGGUAACUACAUUCGAAAAUUUGUGUUUCCUAAGUUGGUUUUGUUUAUAAAUUCCGAACAUGUCAGAAAUGAACAGGCUUAUUAGAUCGUUUCUACCAAUACCACUCCCCCCCCCCUUUUUCUCUCUUUGUUAUUGCCUGCAGCAGUCAGUUACAGUCACUCAUGCUAGGUAGAGUUUAAAUAAAGUUAACAUUUGGCAAAAACAUACUGUUUCACCCUUUCCCCGUCUGCUUCUAAAGGUGUGGCAUGAGUUUGUGUUUUGAACCAGUAUGUUUCAGCUGUGAAAUGCACUCUCUGUAAGCACUGAGCUGAGUGCAUGGAAACUGUUAUGCUUCUCAUUUUAUGUGAUCUAAUUGGUGGUAUGUAGCAAAAAAUAAUUUUCUAAAUCUGUUUUGUUGCUUGUUUUGUAAUAAAACUAUGUGAAA